AUGGCAUCCGAAAGAGAUCUUGCACAGGGCAAGAUUUACACAAUCAGGCCCAUUUCAGAAUGCUUUGAUUUAGGCAUAGAUGCUACAAUCAUCCCUCACAUAAUUACUUCGACGUUAGACGAUGGCGGCGACUACGUCCCGAUCUCGCCAACCAGGAAGGAGCGCUAUCCAAUCCAACUUCGGCUUCGAAACUACCCCGAUAGAAAUUCGGAGCAGAUUUUGAUUAUCUCCCAGUUAGAGAAAUAUUCUUACUUGAAGAUUGACGAAUGCUACGAGGUGCCGCUGCAAAUGCUGCUCAAGCAUAGAGAUGAUUACGGAAAUCAUUAUAUGAUUCUUCGCAAGCGUCGAGGAGGUCUGGCACAGCUUCAAGAUCAUAUUCGAAAACGUGAUUUGGCUCGGGAGGCGGAAAACCGGCCGCUUCCAUCGGUCGAGGAAGAGCUGGGGUUGCUUGCACUGGAUUCUUGA